CAAUUGAAAAUAGGUCGUCAAAUACGUUUGAUUAAAAGAUCUCGUUAUAUGUUGGUAGCACUGCUAGAAGACAUUUCGGUCUUUUAACUUGUUCUGUCUUCUGUCAGUUCGUAAGUAAUAAAUCUGAAAAUUGUUUAUAAAGCAUUUCCCUGCAAGCUAUUGAAUUCUUUUCAAAUCAACACAUUUGUUCAAUAUUAUAGGAAAAAAUGUCUAGCGAAAGAGAAAACGUUAAAACUUUUACUAGUCCUGAAGCUCCAGGCUAUGUAGGUUUUGCAAAUUUACCUAAUCAAGUUCAUAGAAAGUCGGUGAAAAAAGGAUUUGAAUUUACACUUAUGGUCGUUGGAGAAUCUGGCCUUGGAAAAUCUACGUUAGUUAAUAGUUUAUUUUUAACCGAUUUAUAUCCAGAAAGAAUAAUUCCUGACGCUGUUGAGAAAACUAAUCAAACUGUAAAACUUGACGCUUCCACGGUAGAAAUUGAAGAAAGAGGUGUUAAACUUAGACUUACAGUUGUUGAUACACCUGGUUAUGGAGAUGCUAUUGAUAAUACAGAUAGUUUCCGAGCCAUCAUUCAAUAUAUUGAUGAUCAAUUUGAAAGAUUUUUACGCGAUGAAAGUGGAUUAAAUAGAAGAAAUAUAGUCGAUAAUAGAAUACAUUGUUGUUUUUACUUUAUUUCUCCAUUUGGUCAUGGAUUGAAACCUUUGGAUAUAGAAUUUAUGAAACAAUUACAUAAUAAAGUUAAUAUUGUACCAGUAAUUGCAAAAGCAGAUGUACUUACUAAAAGAGAGGUAUUACGUUUAAAGAAACGUGUAAUGGAAGAAAUUGAAGGUAGUGGCAUUAAGAUCUAUCCACUGCCAGAUUGUGAUAGCGAUGAAGAUGAAGAUUAUAAAGAACAAGUAAGACAAUUGAAAGAAGCUGUACCAUUUGCAGUUUGUGGUGCAAAUUCUUUACUCGAAGUUAAAGGGAAAAAAGUAAGGGGACGACUUUAUCCAUGGGGUGUUGUUGAAGUAGAAAAUCCAGAUCAUUGUGAUUUUAUCAAAUUGAGAACUAUGCUUAUAACACAUAUGCAAGAUUUACAAGAAGUUACACAGGAAGUACAUUAUGAAAAUUAUCGUAGUGAAAGAUUAGCUAAAGGAGCUCCGGUCCCACCAAGACGACAAACAAUUGUUGAGUCGGAAAAAACUACUUCUGUAUCAGAGAAAGAUCGUAUUUUACAAGAAAAAGAGGCUGAAUUACGUCGCAUGCAAGAAUUAUUGGCAGUAAUGCAGGCACAAAUGCAACAGCAACAGCCAUAAUGAAAUAAACGUUGGACAAACUGGAGGAAGAGAGCUUCGGCUCUAUAGGUGCCAAAAAAGUUUAUAAAAUAUAUGUGACAUACAAGAAUGUAGCUUUAAGGGACAAUUUCAUUUUUACAAGCUUCUAUUUAGCUGAUAUAUGCUGAUAUAUGAGAAUAUUCUUUAAUGCAUAGUUAUUUUUAAUUACUGCUUGCAUACAAGUAUAUUUAAUAUUUGGUAGUCUAAUAUAUAUAUAUAUAUUUUUUUUUUUGAAUUAACAAGAUUUAAUAUGUAAGAUAAAUAGGACAAUUAUUGAUACAUAGUGCAAAAUAAUUAUAUCUUUGAUACCAAUACCAUUGCAAAGUUAAAAGAAAAAAAUGAGAAGAAGAAAGCGACAGUUGUCAUAAGUGCCUUGUAAUUCUUUAUUUUAUUUCAAAAAGUUCUCAUUUGAUAACUUCCUAAAAUAAUAUUAAACUAAAAUUAUGAGAAAUAGGUCUCCUAACGUAAAUAAUUUACGUUAUGAUUACAACACAUUUCAUGUCCAUUUAUCUUUUAAAGAAUUACUAUACGAAAUAAUUAAAAAAAAAAAAAAAAAAAAAAAAAAAA